AUGGCGAGGCAUUUAGGAGAUGUAAUGAACAUGGCGACAACAACACAUUUCGAUGUUAGUUACUUUUUUCAUGUUAUGUUCUUGGCUCUAUUCAGCUGUUGUAUCCUCUCGGCUCUGUUACUCUCAUGCAAACCGCCUCUGCUCUCAUGCGCUGACGGAGCAUCCGACAACAAAGCCACUUCCGGCAAUACUUCUGCUGCUGGAGAUUGUGGUGGUGCCGGUUGUGGCGGUGGCUGUGGAGACUAAAAUUUUAAUCUUCGUCGGGGGAAAAAAGGAAAAAAAAAAAGACAGAGUAGUUAGUGGACUACUUGUCGUAUUGUGUUUUUGGUUUUUGUUGUCAUCGUUGGUACAGAGAUCUUUCGUUGUUUUUUCAUUCAUGUAAAUAUAUGUUGUACAAAUCGUAUUACUAAAGCAAAUUGUACCUCGA